AUGGAAGUAUUACAAAAAUAUGGUAUGUCGGAUUGUAAGACUGUCAAGACUCCAAUGGAUGUAAAUACAAAGUUUUAUGAGAAAGAAAAUUCUGAUGACAUUAAAAUAUUAACUGAUAUUCCUUAUCAAGAGAUAAUUGGAUGUUUAUUGUACGUUUCACAAGUAACAAGACCAGACAUUAGCUUUGUUAUUAAUAUGUUAAGCAAAUAUAAUAACAAGCCUGAAAUGCAACAUUGGCUUGCUUUGAAACGUGUCAUGCGCUACUUGAAGGGGACUCAAGAUUAUAGACUGACUUAUAAGCAAACACCAGCAGAAAAAAUGACUCAUGGAUAUUGUGACGCAGACUGGGCGAGCUCAGGGGAUGAUCGACGUUCCUGCACUGGCGACACAUUCCUGUUUUAG